AUGGCGCAGCUACGUAAUGAACUAGAAUUCAGAUAUGAACCAGAAUUUAGUGACCAACAACCGUAUUAUGCCGAUGAUCUUGUUUUGUCACGGUUAUUACUCGACAAGCUUGCCCAUGCAUGCCUUUCUUCACCUUGUUUAAACGGAGGAACCUGCAGCGAGAGUCCGGGCGGAUUUUCGUGCGACUGUCAGGAGAACUACGAAGGAAACACUUGCCAACUAGCCAGAUCGAUGUGCUAUUUGAAUCCUUGUGUCAACGGAGGAACGUGCCACGAUGAUCCAACAAUAGGGUUCUACUGCAUCUGCGAUCCCUGCUUCUUUGGAGAAUUUUGCGAACAAGAUUAUGACGUUUACUACGAUAAUUCAUUUCAACAACCCACACUGGAGUUCAGUGAGCAUAACAUCACAGUCCUUGACAAGUUCUAUCUUGGGAUACCCCAACUGGUCCAUUCGACUGACUGUGAACUUCGGCAAAGUGAAUUCUUCAUCACCACGUGGCACAUCACCCCAUCCAACGAAAGCACCCUAUCGAUGACCAUCUACCAGUUUGACACGUUAGGCAAGCUUGGUGAUCAGGAUGGAAUUGAGGUUUUCAUAGUGGCCGCAUCUCCCAUUAUACUUGACGAAAGCCAUUCAAGUGUGAAUGACAUCCGUGUUUUCUAUAAUCUCUCCAAACCAUACCAGGAGGUCGAUCUCUGGAUCCCAGGACCUAGGACUGACCCUAUGCAGAGUAAAGUGCUGUUGUAUGCCCAAGGGAAUCUCAGCAGCAUUCUCCCCUUCACUGUGAGGUCGCUUUCCGGUGAAAUGUAUUGCCUCUUUUAUAGCACAUUACAAGGGUACGACAUUGAGCGGUACACAACUUUGAUGGCCAAGAUCUUGGCUGUUUAAUAUAGACCCAGAUCACAAAUUGUAUGGCUAUGUGUUUGAGCAUGUUGAGUAGUAGGCCUAAUAAUCCAUAAAUAACAAAUGCAACCCCAACAUAACAUGCCCAGAAUAAACUAGUUCUUGCUCUUUUGAAUUUCAAGAGAAUGCACACUUAAAUGACACAUAGGUAGGUAAAGCUCAGAAAUAUCAUGGCAUCCAACUUCAACAACAAACACUGUACCUUUUUUCUAAUUUUGUCAUUUCAUCAAUUUCAAUGCAGCACAUGCCCUUCACAUCUCAAAUUCAUAUUGUUCAAAAUUGAAAUCUGAAAUGGGUGUACUCUGAACAUUCAUUUGUCCAUUUGGUCCUGGCACCACCAGCCACAGGGCUGCACCAGAUCCAUGUUGCUCCCUCCAUUAAAUCAUUGAAAGCCAAACGGAGUAGAGGUAAUACCCAUCUUAAAUAUUUAAUAUCAUUUUGGUCCAACUCUGCGGCAGCUUGAAGUCCUAACCUUCCAGUUGUCAGACAGAGGCUCGACCUACUAAG